UCUGAUUUUGUGCGGAUGUUAUAGAAUUAAAUAAUCAUCUUAAAUCAAGGGAAGAAGGAUUUUGAAAGUCUGACAGUAGCUUUGUAAAAUUAACCCUGCGUGCUCUAAAUGUCUCAAAAUGAUUAAGUUUAGAAAUGUUGAAAUGUAGGCUAAUCAAAAAGUAAUCAAAUGUAAUCAGUUACAUUAAUAAAAUCUAAUUGAAAUAUAUAACUAGCCUACACAUUAUUACAUUUCAAAUAGGGUAACCUGUAAUCUGUAACCUAUUACGUAACAUUUCCAAAGUAACCUUCCCAACACUGAAUAGGCUACUCAGGGGUCUGGAUGAAGGAGAGGUGUUUGGGCCAAACGUUGUUUUCUCAGCAGCAGACGCGCUACAGCAGGUGGCAGCAGCACCAAUACAAUUUUCAGCUCGACGGGUGUCGGUGCCGAGCGGAUCGAAAACAAGCUUUACGAAAGCAAAAAAAAGUUGCUUUCUAAAGAAAAAGUUCACUCCUUUGGAAAUUGAGGGAAUUGGACCCCGUCUUAAAAAGCAUCGUUCAAGCAUUCAAAUGUUGGAAUUGCUUCAAUAGUUUGUUGCUACAAAUCGGAUGAUGAGGAUGGAUGGAUCUCACUGGAAGAAAUUCUGGAAAAACGCGCGUGCAUUUUCUAUGCCGAGCCCACCCGGUACACCUGCGUAGGUAACUGACGUCUAGAGUCACUGCUGAUAUAAAUGGAGCCGCGUCGUCACAAGUCGUCAGUAACAAUGUUGAUGGCUGGCAUCGCCUUCAAGUGUUUGAGCUCCUCUGAAUGGAGUAGUGCUGUUUAAUGAGGUUCUGCUAAUUUUACGCUCUACGCGACAUGGAAGAAAACAACGACACGUUCUUAUCUUUUCAGAACGACAGUGGGUUAAAUCAGCAGCUCGACAAUGUGACUUUACCUGUGAAGGUUCCACUAAGUUAUCAGAUCUCCACGUCUUUGCUGAUCGGCGCGCUCAUUCUAUGUUCCAUAUUUGGAAACGCGUGUGUUGUGGCGGCUAUUGCUUUGGAAAGAUCGCUGCAGAAUGUUGCAAACUACCUGAUCGGAUCACUUGCUGUGACGGACCUCAUGGUGUCGGUGCUUGUGUUGCCAAUGGCAGCUCUUUACCAAGUUUUAGACAAGUGGACGCUUGGACAGGUAACUUGUGAUAUUUUUAUUUCUUUAGACAUUUUAUGUUGCACAUCUUCAAUUCUGCACCUGUGCGCAAUCGCUUUGGAUAGAUACUGGGCGAUCACCAACCCAAUAGACUACAUGAAGAAAAGGACAUUAAAACGUGCCGCUCUUUUAAUCACCGUUACCUGGUUUGUCGGCUUUUCGAUAUCAAUUCCACCCAUGUUGAUCAUGAAAUCUCAACCUAAGAGUAAAGCAGAAGACAUGGCCAAUCCUGAAGCUUGCAUGAUCAGCCACGACCCAUGGUACACCAUUUAUUCCACCUUUUGCGCGUUUUACAUCCCUCUGAUUCUCAUGCUGGUCUUGUACGGACGCAUAUUCAAAGCGGCGAGAUUUCGCAUUCGCAAAACCGUUCGAAAGCCCGAGAAGAAGAGGGUGAAAUGUUUGACUGUGUCACCUGCGCUUUUUAAGCGAGCGAACGGAGAGCUGGGCAAAAACUGGAAAAGCGCAGUCGAACCCAAGCCCAACGCGUGCGUAAACGGCGCGGUGAAGCACGCGGAAGACGGUGAGUCUUUGGAGAUCAUCGAGGUUCACAGCAACUCCAAAAACAACAUGCCUCUUCCCAACACGCCAAACUCUGUCCCUCUGUUCGAGAACAAACACGAGAAGAACACCGAGGCGAAGAGGAAGCUCGCCUUGGCGCGCGAGCGCAAGACAGUGAAGACGCUGGGCAUUAUAAUGGGCACUUUCAUUGUGUGUUGGUUGCCAUUCUUCAUCAAAGCAAUCGUGCUGCCUUUUUGUCCGUCUUGUGAUAUGCCUUUGUGGCUCAUCGACGUCAUUAAUUGGCUCGGGUAUUCAAACUCGCUUUUGAACCCCAUCAUUUACGCGUACUUCAAUAAAGACUUUCAGAGCGCCUUCAAGAAAAUCAUUAAAUGUCAUUUUUGCAGACCAUAAACGUACCCUCUUUUCAGUUUUAACUGUCAGAAAAACGAGUUUAUCCAGUAGGCCUAUUGAUUGCUCAGAAAAACAAUAGUGGUGUAUUUCAACAGCACUCCAAACUUGCUCUGUAGUAACACUAUAAAUAUACAUGAUCCAUCCUGAUUUUAUGUAUCAGAUGUAUAUGUUAUGAUGUCAUUUUACAUAAUGUGUACUGCAAAUGUUUAUGUCAUGUCCAUGACAAACAAAGAUCAUGUCCAUGAUGUAAAAAAUAAAAAGUCCCACUGUACAUUUACCUUGUGUCCUUGUCCUUCUGUUGGUUUUUUUUAACUAAUCAUAUGCACAGACCAAAAAUGAUA